AUGACGAAAGUAUCUCAAUUCAAAACAUUGGUUAUUCUCGAUCUAGAAACAACUGGUUUAGUCUAUGAUGAACCGAAAAUAACCGAACUGGCAAUGAUUGCUGUGCAGAUAUCAACAUUAGAUCGAAUGGACACUCAUGAUGAAUUGCCUCGAGUUUUGAACAAAUUUGUGACAUAUUUCAAUCCAGAAAAACCGAUUCGUUCCAAAGCAGCAGAACUAUCUGAACUUAAUAAUGAUAUGUUAAACAACUGUGCUCCGUUCAGUCAUGCAACUAUCAUCGCAAUGGAAAGUUUUCUCAGCAGUUUCCCUCAACCAUUAUGUUUUGUUGCACACAAUGGCAAUAUAUUUGAUUUCCCGAUAUUAUUCAAUGAGAUCCAAUGUGCGCUUGCAAAAGUAGUUUCUGAUCAACCAAUAUAUUCCUUCAUAACAGAUAUCGCAUGCGCUGAUUCAUUAGUUUUCUUCCGAGAAAUCUAUAGAUUACUCAACGAAGCGGAGAACGUUGCAAUUACUCCUAUAGUUGAAAUACCACCUCCGGCGAUCUCGACAACUCGUGUAGGAUAUGUUGAAAUUCCAAUUAAAGCGGAAUCGACCGCAGCCAAAUGCUCGAUGAAACUUGUUCAGAUCUAUGAACGAGAGUUCAACCGAUCAACGUUGCUUCAAGCUCAUCGAGCUGAAGAUGAUUGUACAAUGCUUCUAGCUAUCUUAAAACGAUAUCUUCCCGACUGGCUUGAAUGGGCACACGAACAUCAUCAAGUACUGAAAUCAUUUUCAUCCCUACCUCAAAUUUCUCGAACACCAAAGGUAUUUUCGCCGAAAAAUACUGUCAAUAUCAAACGACCAUUAAAAUUGUAG